AGUAGGAAAGGCGUUGCGUGGGGGAGACAACGACGCCAUAAAAUGCGUGUUUGGUGAUCUGAUUGCGAGGUGGGCUGAUCGAGAUAUUGUUGCUGUUGCUACUGCUUGCUGAUGUGCGCCUGGUAGAGCUGAGAACUGGGUAGCAAUCUGUGCGCUUCGGAUCUUCGGCGAAGUGAAACCUUUUGGUGUCGCUUUAAUACUUAAAGCAAGGGAGCGUUACAAACUCGAUCGCGCGUCGUGGAGUUUGGGACUGAGGAAGAUGGUUCCCUACUUGAACCAGAAGGACAGCAAUGGUAAUGUCUUGAGAGUUGGGUACACCGUAGAUGAUCACGAUCAGGAAAAAGAUCCUCUACACCCUAGCUUGCCUCUCCUCCAACACGCCGACCUGGAGGACAAAGUUGUUCUCCUCCGUGUCGAUCAUAAUGUCGUCAAAAAAGGAAAAAUAUUGGAUCAGUAUCGUAUCGAUGUAACGUUGGCAACUAUGUACAACAUCAUUGAACGCGGUGGCAGGCUUGUCAUCAUGUCCCACGUCGGACGUCCAUACGACAAAAAAACGAAUACUCUGACUGUUAAGCAAGAUGAAGCAGUGGACGCAAUAGUAGGGUACUUGCAACGAAAGCUACGCAUCAAGUUUGCGAUACCCAAGUUCCAUAUUUUUGAAAAAGAAGGAAUUCACGACAUUGACACCUCCAUCAACUGGUUAAUCCAAGACCUACGAGCUCGAAAAAUUGGUGGCAUCUACCUGCCAAAUACUCGUUGGUUUGCAGGAGAAGAAGACAAGGGUGAAAAAAUGGAGCGACUCGCAGUGCAACUUGCUGCUCUAGCUGACGUUUACGUGAAUGAUGCAUUCGGCUCUUGGCAACCCCACACCUCUACUUAUCAUGUUACGAAGUAUUUGCCAUCAUUCGCCGGCCUUUGUAUGCAGGACGAGCUAUCUAAUGUAAGAGCGGUACUGGAACCGAAGAGGCCAUUUGUAGCAAUAGUUGCCGGUGCUAAGUAUGACACCAAAAUUGGGCCCCUGACUGCAAUCUAUAGAAGAGUGGACCAUCUCAUCCUUGGUGGGCUCAUCUAUAACACAUUUCUGUGUGCCAAAUACGGUGUCAAGAUCAAGGGUGUGGAGGACUCCGACAUUGUAUUAGCAAAAGACCUCGUGGAACAAGACAGAAAUGAGGGGAAAAUCCUGGAAUUACCGUACGUAGUGGAGUCUGAUACUUUGGAGGGUCGCAUUGAAGGAAAGUUUCGAACACUUCAUAUCAAGGAUUUUAAGCCAGGAGAGGACUACCAAUUUAUCGUGGAUGUCGACCCUGCAUCUUUUGAGCCGGGGACAGAAGUGCACAAGGGGCUUGAAUCUGCGAAGACCAUUUUUGUGAACGCCGUCAUGGGGCUGAUGCCAUCAUUUUGGCAUGGAACUAGCAAAAUGGAUGAAACCAUUGAUCAAAACCGUACUGCUCAAAAAUUCUUUGGUGGAGGUGACACUCUCCAGGAGUUUAAAAGUUUGCACCCAGGGCUAUACCAUGCUGCACUAGACAGUCCCAAGUACUACAUGUUCACAGGAGGAGGUACAGUUUUGAAGGUUUUGGAAGAGGCUGAUCCCUUCGGUCUGCCUACUGUAAAAGCUCUUAUCGCAAGUGGAGAGGCUUAUGGAUAUCAGAAAUGGCGUGCCGGCUGUACAUCAAAAAUAUAAGAUCAUCCAGAACCAAUCCUAGACCGUUAUUGCAAUCUCUGUUCCUACGUUUGGAUCAACAGUUUGAGAGCAGCAAGAGCUACAGGUGACUCUCAUAGAUUUUAUGUUGUCGCGCCAGCCAGUCUGCAACCACUUGAGCAAGCACGAAUCUGAGUAUCAGAAUAAGGUUUGAUUCCGUCCCAUGUAGGUUCAAACUUUAAAAGCCUUUGCAUGUAAAAAACCACAGUAGCGACACAGUAUUUUCUCUCCGUCACAUUGAUGUGUUCCAAAAGUUCCACCACUCAUCCCAAUGGGGGUUCUGUUUAUGCUGCUCUAUGACCAGGGCAGAACCAUCAAUCUACUUGCCCUGUUUUCUUGGUUGAAGGCAGAGUUUGAAUAGGCAGUGCACAAACAACGGAUACAACAGUUGCGAUGCAUGUGUUUUAAACCCGUCCUUGGAAACAAACUGGGAUCCCUUUUGGGCCGUUA